AUGAUCCAAUCCCUGUCAUCGGCACCAGCCAAUCAAACCCAUCUAUCCAACCUCGAGCGACUUCUCCGCCCUCACCCCGAAUCGCAACCGCCGCAACCAGCCCCACGCAUCCGCCUCCUCCCCACCACCCUCCGCAUCCCUCCUCUCCACAUAUCUCAAUCAAACACAGAGGAAAAUGUUUCCCCCCGCAGUCUUUCCCAUCUCAGUCAACUCCUCUCCGACACUUCCCGGCACUCCUCUCCCCGCACAAACAUCGCCCCACGCUGGCGAGAUCUCCACGGUUGCUCGGACUGGUCGGGCCUCGUUGACCCGCUAGACAGGGACCUCCGCCGCGAACUCCUCCGCUACGGUGACUUUAUCCAUUCCGCCUACCACGCUUUUUUCCACUCCACCGCCCCCCAGCUCCCCGAUCGCUCCUACCGCCUCACUCGCCAUCUCUUCGCCACCUCCUCCAUCCGAAUCCCUUCCUGGACCUCACCGAGCUCCCUGAGCUCCAGCUGGAUCGGCUUUGUCGCUGUCUGCAACAACGAACGCGAGAUCCGCCGCAUGGGCCGUCGCGACAUUGUUAUAGUGCUCCGCGGCACCGCAACCGCCCUAGAGUGGGCCGAGAAUCUUCGCGUCAAUCUCGUCCCACAUCUCAACGCUAGCCAGGCGAAAGUUGAGUGCGGUUUCCAUAGCUUAUACACAACCCCUGGCGCUAGCAAGCCAAGCUUGUCCUCGGCUGUAACAGAAGAAAUCCGCAGGCUAGUAGAAAUUUACAAAAAUGAAGAACUAAGUAUAACAGUAACAGGGCACAGCUUGGGAGCAGCGCUUGCUAUUCUAAUCGCCGACGAGCUCAACGGUUCUGCGAUGGAGGCAUCAAUGCCCCCGAUAGCUGUCUACUCUUUCGGCGGCCCGAUGGUCGGAAACCGUGCUUUUUCGGAGCGAGUGGAUGAGAGGGGGGCUAAAGUACUGCGCGUGGUGAACGCGCAUGAUUUGGUGACGAGGGUGCCGACCUGGUUUUGUGGUGGUUACGAGCACGUCGGGACGGAGCUGAAGGUGGAUAGUAAGGUUUCGCCGUUUCUUAAGCCGGACGCUAAUCCGGCGUGCUGCCAUGACCUUGAGGCGUAUCUACAUCUUGUUGACGGACUUGGAGGGGGCGACGGAUGCCAGUUUCGGCCGAAUGCGAAGCGCAGUUUGGUGAGACUAAUUAGUCAGCAGAGAGGAAAUGUAAAGAAGCUUUACGUGAACAAGGCUCGGGCGCUGGGACUCGAACUGGUCGAUGAGGUGGGCUUACCGGAAGCGGCAAUGCUUCGCUAG